AGGCGCUUGCUGAGGGCUCGGCCGCGAGCGAGCGAACGAUCGAACCUGCGAACGAACGGGGCGAAGUCAGGAGCCGAGCGGCCCGAACGAGCGAGCGAGGCCCGGCGGGGGCGACGCGAGGCGGCCGAGCACGCGCCGCUCAGCCCGCUGUCCACACUCGGGGCCGUGCGCGCCGCGCCAGGACACUGUUGUCACUGGAGGUGCCCGACAGAAAGCAACCCUGACUGCUUCCUUGAGCCUGGGUCAUUUGGCCACCUCAGCCCCCUGGAACCUCCUGGAACCUCCAGGUGUGUCUCUGCAUCGCUGCAGCCAUGGGGUCCGAGGACCACAGCGCCCAGAACCCCAGCUGCAAAAUUAUGACCUUCCGCCCCACCAUGGACGAGUUCCGGGACUUCAACAGAUACGUGGCCUACAUCGAGUCGCAAGGUGCCCACCGCGCAGGCCUAGCCAAGAUCAUCCCACCCAAGGAGUGGAAGCCACGGCAGACGUAUGACGACAUUGAUGACGUGGUCAUCCCAGCACCUAUUCAGCAGGUGGUGACAGGCCAGUCGGGGCUUUUCACACAGUAUAACAUCCAGAAGAAGGCCAUGACCGUGGGCGAGUACCGCCGCCUGGCCAACAGUGAGAAGUACUGUACCCCACGCCACCAAGACUUUGACGACCUGGAACGAAAGUACUGGAAGAACCUGACCUUCGUCUCGCCCAUCUACGGGGCCGAUAUCAGUGGCUCUCUGUAUGAUGAUGACGUGGCCCAGUGGAAUAUCGGCAACCUGAGGACCAUCCUGGAUAUGGUGGAGCGUGAGUGCGGCACCAUCAUCGAGGGUGUGAACACACCCUACCUGUACUUCGGCAUGUGGAAGACCACUUUUGCCUGGCACACUGAAGACAUGGACCUGUACAGCAUCAACUACCUGCACUUCGGCGAGCCCAAGUCCUGGUACGCCAUCCCACCGGAGCACGGCAAGCGCCUGGAGCGCCUGGCCAUAGGCUUCUUCCCUGGGAGCUCACAGGGCUGUGAUGCUUUCUUGAGGCACAAGAUGACACUCAUCUCGCCCAUCAUCCUGAAGAAGUAUGGCAUCCCCUUCAGCCGGAUCACCCAGGAAGCUGGGGAGUUCAUGAUCACUUUCCCCUAUGGUUACCACGCGGGCUUCAACCAUGGCUUCAACUGUGCAGAGUCCACCAACUUUGCCACGCUGCGCUGGAUUGACUAUGGCAAAGUGGCCACACAGUGCACAUGUCGCAAGGACAUGGUCAAGAUCUCCAUGGAUGUGUUCGUACGCAUCCUGCAGCCCGAACGCUAUGAGCAGUGGAAGCAGGGCCGUGACCUCACUGUGCUGGACCACACUCGGCCCACAGCCCUGAGCAGCCCUGAGCUGAGCUCCUGGAGCGCCUCACGUGCCUCACUGAAGGCCAAGCUCUUGCGCAGACAAAUUAGUGUGAAGGAGAACAGACCCUGGAGAAAGGCUGAGGAGGAGAGGAGGCCGAGUCUAGAGAGGAGGCGGGAGCCGACCAGGAGGCCAGGGCCAGCGUCGCACCGGAGACGGAGCCAGCCCAAGAAGUGCAAGCCUGAAGACUCCAAGUCUCCUGGGGAGGCGGCGGCUGGGGUGGCUGGUCUGGACGAGGCUGGGGGCUGUUCCCGGGAGGAGGCCACACCGGAGGACGAGGAUGAGGAUGAGGAACUGCUGCCCUCGCAGAGCCACGAGGCCGGGCCAUGCAUGGAAGAGGAUGGCAGAGGCAAGCCCCGGCCAACCAAGGCCCGGAGCAAGAAGAAGACCCCCAGCCCCCUGUCACCCCUGUUGCCGCCUGCCCCACCAACCCUGUUACCCACUGAGGAGGGCCUGAGGCCACCACCCCCACCUAAGUCUCCGGUUCCAACCAUGGGCCCCAUGGCCGCAGAGGGAGGUCUUCCACCAGCACCCCUCAAUGUGGUGCCUCCUGGGGCACCGGGUGAGGAAGCAGAGGUGCGGCCGAGGCCCAUCAUCCCCAUGCUGUAUGUGCUUCCCCGCACCAACACCACUGAUGGGGACCGGGAGCGCACUGCCCACCCACAGCUGGCACCCAUGGAGCUGGGACUGGAAGACGAAGGCCAGGCCCAAGCCGGCAGUGCGCAGGCCCCGUCCUCCUUCUCCAAGCUGAAGGUGGAAAUCAAAAAGAGCCGUCGUCACCCCCUGGGUCGGCCACCCACACGGUCCCCACUGUCUGUGGUCAAGCAGGAGGCUUCCAGUGAUGAAGAAGCCUUCCUGUUCUCAGGAGAGGACGAUGUGAGUGACCCCGAAGCCUUGAAGUCCCUGCUGUCGCUGCAGUGGAAGAACAAGGCGGCCAGUUUCCAAGCUGAGAGGAAGUUCAAUGCGGCAGCUGCCCUCCAUGAGCCCUACUGCGCCGUCUGUACGCUCUUCUACCCCUACAGACAGUCAGUACAGACAGAGCGGGAGAUCCCGGCCACUCCAGGGGACAGCACUGUCCAGCCACCCUCGAAAAGUGGCCAGAGGACACGACCACUGAUCCCUGAGAUGUGCUUCACUUCGAGUGGGGAGAACACGGAGCCACUGCCUGCCAAUUCCUAUGUCGGCGAGGAUGGCACCAGCCCUCUCAUUUCCUGUGCCCACUGCUGCCUGCAGGUCCACGCCAGUUGCUACGGUGUCCGGCCUGAGCUGGCCAAGGAGGGCUGGACAUGCUCCCGGUGUGCGGCCCAUGCCUGGACUGCGGAAUGCUGUCUGUGCAACCUCCGCGGGGGAGCGCUGCAGACGACCACGGAGCACAGGUGGAUUCACGUGAUCUGCGCCAUUGCAGUCCCCGAGGUACGGUUCCUGAACGUGAUUGAGCGCAACCCUGUGGACGUCAGUGCCAUCCCUGAGCAGCGGUGGAAACUGAAGUGUGUGUACUGCCGCAAGCGCAUGAAGAAGGUGUCCGGCGCCUGCAUCCAGUGCUCCUACGAGCACUGCUCCACAUCCUUCCACGUGACCUGCGCACAUGCAGCUGGUGUCCUCAUGGAGCCCGACGACUGGCCCUACGUAGUGUCCAUCACCUGCCUCAAGCACAGAGCAGGUGGCCCUGGGGGUCAGCUCCUGCGCACUGUGUCCCUGGGCCAGGUCGUCAUCACCAAGAACAGGAACGGGCUCUACUACCGCUGUCGCGUCAUUGGCAGUACCGCGCAGACCUUCUACGAGGUCAACUUCGAUGACGGCUCCUACAGCGACAACCUGUAUCCAGAGAGCAUCACUAGCAGAGACUGCUUGCGGCUGGGGCCGCCUCCUGAGGGCGAGCUGGUGGAGCUGCGGUGGACAGACGGCAACCUGUAUAGAGCCAGGUUCAUCUCCGCGGCCACCAGCCUCAUCUACCAGGUGGAGUUUGAGGACGGGUCUCAGCUGACGGUGAAGCGUGGGGACAUCUUCACCCUAGAAGAGGAGCUGCCCAAGAGAGUGCGGUCCCGGCUGUCUCUGAGCACGGGCACACCACAGGAGCCCAGCUUCUCUGGAGAGGAUGUGAAGGCUGCUAAGCGCCCACGGGUGGCCACCAUGCUGGCCACCACCACAGAGGACACAGGGCACAGCCCAGAAUACCUGGCCUUCGUGGAGAGCCUGCUGCAGGCACAGGGUCGACCUGGGGCACCCUUCUAGAUGCUGCCCACUCCUGUCCCCACCGCGGGACCUACCUGGGCAACAGGACCAGCAGGAUCCAACAUGGCCGGACUCAGGGAGAGGGGCCAGUGUCCCUGGACUGCAGCGAUUCCGUGGGACCCGGCCUGGCUGUGCUUUUCUCCUAAAGGUGCUACGGGGCAUCCCAGAGCCUCCUGUGACAGACGCCAGCCAAGGACGCUGGGGCACAGCCCCAGCCCGUUUUCUAGAUUUGUGGCUUUAAAAACUGACAGCGGAAACACUCGUUCUCCUCGCAACCAAGAUGCGAGGAGAGGAAAGCUUCGUCCUUGUUUGCCGCCUGCAGAUGUCAUCUGUCUGCUGAGCAGGUGGAGAGGUACUUUUGUACAGGUGUCGCCCUGGAGGAUGACAGCCCAGUGCACAGUGACCUGUGUGGUGGCUGCUUGUGUCUUCUGCUUCCUGCUGGGGGAGGUGGGCCCUGCAGGAGCGUGAGUCCCUUCCCUGUCCUGCCCCCCCCCCCCCGCCCCACCAUGCAGAGUCCACCUCACUCUGCCUCCACUGCCUGGGAUGGCAGGUGUCCCCAGGGGUGAGCCAGACUUCCAAGGUGACUGAGCCCCACAGCUGUGGCCUGGGGUUCCGUGAGCCUUCACCCUUGACGGAGCCUCUGCGGCUGAGGCAGGGGAAGCAGGGGCCACCUUCCCUUGGAGCGGGAGUCAAGAGACAGGGACCCAGACUGCACGGGUGGUGCUGCCUGUGGGUUAGCUCUGUCUCUCUGGAGGCCACUGCCCCCCUAGCGCCUCAGUCCAUCCCCAGGAUGGACAGCUCAUCUGUAAGUGACAGAGGACCGCACAGACAGGCCUGGCCUGGGGACCUGCUGGGGACUUGGAGGGACUGGGCCUCUCCUGAGUGCCCAGUGGCCGCCGUGUCCAUGUGUACUUUGAAAUUCUAUUUAUAUUGUAAAGAGAUAAAAAGGGCCCAAGCUUGGGCCUAGAGGAAGAGGCUGGGCCACAGAGGUCUCGGGCUGCGUCCCUCGUGGGCUCUGCAGAGGCUGCAGAGUCCUGCACACACUCCUCACAGAGGCCUGGGUUUUACUUUGUGCAAAGACAAAACAAAACAACAAACCUCGCACCCCCCCUUUCCUCCCCACCCCAAAUGAAGGAUGUCGUAUUUUUGCCUCAGUCUCAGGCCUCUAGUUCAGUAUCAGUUAAAGCCCUUGAGCACCUCCUAUUCCCGCCUGGCCAUGGCUGUGUCCUCAUUUCUGGCCAGGGCCAGAUGGGCUCAGGAUGGAGGGCUCCUUAACCAGGAUGAUGGGAACAGCGUGUCCUGGUCUGGAUGCAGGGGCUGCCAGGAGGUGGGACGCCAUCCGCAAGACAUCUCCAUCUUACCCCAGUGGCACAGGCCUGAGUCUGUGUCCCCACAGGACGCCAGGGCUCUCUGGCUCCCCUUGCUUGUCAGUAGCCCAGCCCCCGUCUGCCUCCCAUGCUAGCUAUCGCCACAGAUGAGCAAAGGUCCUGGAGUCAAGCAGAGGGAGCCCAGCAAGAGUCACAGAGGGGGAGUGGGGGCAGGGGCCGUGGAGGGCUGUGGGUAGAAGCCUAGAGGGUACCCACAAAGGGAUGUCAGCGGCAGGCAGCCAGGUGGGGCAGAUGACCCUUGUUUUCCAUUCCUCUUUGAAACAUAAAAGACUUUGGGACAGGUGAAAGCUCUGGGGAGGAAAGGGGAGGCAGCCUUGGCGGGGACAUGGCCAGGAUCCUGUGGAGGUAGGGUGCUGUUCCAGGAGGGGACAUCUAACUAGCUCUGACCCUGGCUGGCACAUCCUACUGAGCUCAGACUGGCCUGCAGCCCUGGGCCAAGUCUGGCCCUAGACCUGUUUUCUUGUCAAUAAAGUUUUAUUUGCACAUGG